AUGGCGUCGAAACAAGAAAGAGAUGCGUCGAUUCUCGCGAGCGCCUCCAUAAUUUCCGACCAACUAUCAGCGAAUACUCCUUCACCAUCACCGUCUCCGCCGCGAAUUCAGAGCGCCACAGAUUCGGAGGAUCUCAAGCUUCUUCUGCCUCGGUACGACCCCAACUCUCACCCCCGGAAGAAGGCCAAAUCGCGACUUAGAUCCGCCGAGAACGCUAUCCAUUUCAUUCCUCUCCUCCUCAUUCUCUGCGCCGUUAUUCUCUGGCUGUUCUCAAAUCCAGGUAAUCACCUUCCAUUGAUUCCUCGAACAUAUUUCUCUGUUUUCUCGAGAAAAGUUGCUUUGAUUCGUAAAUCGCUGAAUGCGUUUCUACGAUUUUGA